AUGUUACAUCUUCAGCAACAGUACUGCAUCUGUGUACGGUCGUUAAAGGAGCAGUACGACUUUUCGGUGAGGUCGUUGGACGAGCAGAUAUACGACUUUUCGAUGAGGUCAUUAAAGGAGCAGUACGACAUUUUGGUAAACACAGCUUAUGAUCACCCUUCAUUGGAAGCUAACAUUCAAUUUGUCGUUGUUCGGAUUGUACUACUGAACAGGCAGCAGUCGAAAUACAUGGUAGUAGAGAACAACGCUCCAGCCAGUUUGACCAAUGUUUGUCGAUGGGCAGCUACUCAGACCACACGUGAUGACUCGGCCCCAGAGCAUCACGACCAUGCCAUCUUUAUCACCAAAGAAAACUUCGGACCAGCUGGUUACGCUCCUGUUACUGGUAUGUGCGCUAUCACAAGAAGCUGCUCUCUAAACAAAGAUGAAGGUCUCUUAUCGUCAUUUGUGAUCGCUCAUGAGUCGGGUCACGUUUUCGGGAUGGAACACGACGGCGUCGGCAACACCUGUAAGCGCGACCAGUUACGGGGCUCUAUCAUGUCGCCGGUCGUCAAGGCCACUUACACCCGGUACUUCUGGUCGGUUUGCAGUCAGUACGAGCUUCACCGGUAUCUCUCUCGGUACUAUUGCUUGUGGGAUGAUCCUUUCGAUAGCGGAUAUCCGGAGGUCCGGCAGUAUCCGGGUCGGCGCUAUACAAUGGAUGAACAAUGUCGGUUUGAUUUCGGUCACGGCUACCGCACGUGUACCGCGUUCAAUGAUUACGACAAAUGCGACCAACUGUGGUGUAUGCACUACCGCAAAAGAUAUGUUUGUCGGACUAAGAAAGGUCCGCCGUUAGACGGCACAGAAUGUGGUCCGGGAAUGUGGUGCGUUCAAGGAACUUGUAGGUAUUCACAGAAUCAGAUCGAUGGUCAUUGGAGCGCGUGGACUGGAUGGUCAGAAUGUUCAUAUUCGUGUGGUACAGGUACUAAGUACAGGACAAGACAAUGCGAUAACCCAAGACCCCAAUACGGAGGACGGGAGUGCUCAGGUAAAGGCGAGGAUGUUAGACUUUGCAAUACUCAGGAAUGUCCAAAUGGACCCAUUGACAAGCGCGCAGAGCAGUGUACUAACUUUUUCAGCAAUUGGAACUUUAUGAAUCAGAGACAUACCUGGCUGCCAUAUGAAAACAGAAAUAGAACGUUACGUUGUCGAUUAACAUGUGUGUCACAUGAAACAGGAGAGGUAGCAAUGUCUGAUUAUAACGUAACUGAUGGUACUCCUGCUUCAUAUGAUAACCCUGAAGAAAUCUGUGUUAGAGGAAGAAAAAUCCCAAUAGGUUGUAACCACGAGAUCUCAUCUAAGCUUCAGUGGGAUCGAUGUGGAGUAUGCGGAGGUGAUGGAUUCUCAUGUAAGCGAGCAACAGUCGAUAUCAGUGAUAAUGCGUCCACUAACAAAAGAUAUAAAAAGGUUUUUACAUUCUCCCCAGCUUUACGGAAGGUUGAUGUCAAGAAAACAGUGCCUUCAACACACUUUCUGGCAUUAAAAAGUGCCGAGACGGGAAAAUAUAUUUUGAAUCCGGGGAGGAGACGCUCGGAACCUCAUGACUUUAUCGUUGAUGGUGCAAGAUUUACAUAUGACGUCAGAGGUGGAAGUGAGAGGCUCGUUAGUAAAGGACCAUUAGGAAAAGAGCUUCAUUUGAUGGUGUACAUCACGCGAGAUACCAAUACAUUGAAUUAUACUGCAUCAUUUUAUGAACCAUUACCAGAGACGACCUCGGCGCCGCCAACGACGGUGCCGGUGACGACACCGCCGGUGAAUAAUCAUAUAGCUCACAUGGUUACAGAUGACAUGCCUCCGUAUGAAUGGAGGGAGCUGGGAUGGACAAAAUGUAAUCGGAAAUGUGGAGGAGGUUACUCUUUCUUCAGGCAUCAAUGUUUUGUUACCGGAACGGAUGAAACAGUCAAGAAGGAUAAAUGUGGCAUGGGAAGUUACAAUCCCAAGGCGAAGCGCAAGCGAUGUAACACCCACGAGUGCGGUACGAUACCAGGCGCCGAGACAAACGUUGAUUCCUCAACACAACGGGAGACAACCACACAUAGAGCAACAACAACGGUUGUAGCCACGACAGCGAGAGCAACAACAACUACCACACCUCCACCUACAACUACAAUGCCAACAACGACAGCACCUCCCACUACAACACGACCCACUACCACUCGAGCAACUACCACGGAACCUACGACAACUCGCCCUACAACGACAUUGCCACCAACUACUGCAGUGCCAAUAAGCUAUUCUUGGAAGAUUCGAGAUUGGGGCAACUGUAGCGAAUCUUGCGGUUCCAACGGUUUUAAAAGGCGAGCCAUCCACUGCAUCCAAAGUAUAGCUGGCAUCAGGAGUAAAGUGGACCCUUCACUCUGUCCAACCCCACAGCCAGUGGACCAUGAAGAAUGCAAUCGACAGCCUUGCCCAGCCAGAUGGGUCACUGGGGCGUGGUCAGAGUGCUCAGCAAGCUGUGGUACUGGUAGUAAGACACGCAAUGUAACCUGUGAAUCGCUAGAUGGUGAAGGAAUGCCGGGAUCAUAUCAUUGUUUUGAUGAAAGACCACCAACAUCAAAAUCUUGCUCAGUGCAAGAAUGUGAUCCUGGGAACUGUAUUCCGAUGGACUCUGUGAUCUGCAAGCGGAAGAACUACCGCACGUACUGCAAGAUGCCUCGAUAUGAAGAACUUUGUUGUACGACAUGUAGUGCACAGAAGAAAUUAUUCCAACAGCAACGAGCACGGAAUGCACGUCGACCACGGAACUAAACUUUCAGUCGGUUCAAACCAUGGUAGCAAUUUCUUUCACGACAGGGGAACUUGGGAUAUAGCUGAAUUGGAGAGAUUAUAGAAAUCAUUUGAACUUGGGAGAUGAAUUAUGUGUACUCUUCCGAACAGCAAGGGAAGUUUGCUUCCAACAUUACACAAGUUUUCUUUUAAUACCUUGUUUCUGACAUCUUUUGAUGGGAAUUUCUUAAUUUUUUUGGACGAUGGGGAUUGGACUGCCCCUCUUGUAGACUUCCUGAUGAACAUGUUUGCUCCUUCCCAGCAUACACACCAUGGGGUGAUGCAAAAAGAGAUAAGUUGGACCAGAGGGUACAACGCGCAACUAUUGUUACCUCGAAGAGAUAAGUCGGACCAGAGGAUACAACGCACAACUAUUGUUAUCUCGUAGAGAUAAGUCGGACCAGAGGAUACAAUGCGCAACUAUUAUGUACCUCGGCUUUAAGCAAGCCACUUCUUCAGCAACGCUCAGUGCAUUCAAGAAAUUUAUCCAUCUGUGUAUCCAUUCAUCUCACCACAAUGUGGAUCAAUUUCUUGCUGAAGGAAAACACACAAUAUGGUUGGGAUUUGAACCCAUGUCCCCCUGUAGGACGAGUCAGGUCCUUGAGAAACACUACACAACACCCAACUGAGGAUUUAAGUGUGAUGUUUUACCAGACUUCAAAUCUUUUGUGUAACACCCCUGAAUUAGCUCAUCUCUAAUGACUUGAUGGAUGGAUGGGCACUAUUUUACCAAUUAUAUAAUAAUGUAUUUGUUCUAGAACUAGAGAUUCAAAUCUCUAAUAAGACGAUGAUACAAUGUAUGAUAUGAAGUUUAAUUAUAUAGCAAUGAAAGCAACAGAAAACAAUAAAAUUAUUUACUCAUACCAGGUAAUGAUUAUCCAUAUUUGUAAAACAAUUGUACUGUGUUAGUAAUUUGGGAGGGGAUUUAAUCAAGUAUUAUUUAGCAAGAAAAGUAGAGGGACAAUAUUGAUUAAAAUGAGGAAAAUGUGUGACGAAAAUGAUACGAGGGAGUAAUAUUUAUCUUGUGCGACAGGGAUGUGUUCAGCACCAUUACGGAACCAGGAAAAGAUUAAGUCUACAAGAAAAUGUGUGGUAUUUGUUUUGUUCUCCAUCAUAAUCUUAUGGUAAAGAUGUAAAUAUUCAUUGUAAGAUAAAAUUCUGUAAGAUAUGCUAAAUUGAAGGAAAUUAUUUUCCCUGUAUUUUCACCUAUCAUUUUCUGACAAAAGUAUUUGGAUAUAUUGGUGAUAUCUUAUGUUCUUAACAUCAUUUUACCCCAGUAAUUCUUAUUAUCUGCAUAAUGACCCCAAAUUUCAUAAAGCUUGUCAUCAAUAACAAGUUUAAAAGCUAAUAAAAUCCUGCAAUUUGAUUGGCCAGAGACAAUUUUUUUUUUCUUUUGAGAAAAUACUUUAUGGAACACGGGCCAGAUAUAUUGCAGGUGUCUAAAUUUUCUAAUUUUUCAGGGAAAAUGAAUGCUUCUUUCUUUCAAUUCAUUUCUAGCCUUAUUGUAUAUAUAUGUAAUCAUUCUCAAGAAGCGUAUAAGUCUAUUACUUUUCAUGUUAGGAUAUGAGAUUAAUAUGGUGCUCUGUUCAAAGUCAUGUGUGUGAUUUUGUAAACACAUUUCAAUUUGCCUAAUUUGUUAUACCCAGCCAAAUGAUACAAUCCAUGUAUGGCAAGUUCUCCUAAGUCUGCGCAGUCCCCCUUGUCUGCGCAUACGCGUAUCUGCGCGAUUCUAGUAAAAGAAGAUACACAACGAACAUAAACUUUACACAUCUAAUGCAUAGACAGAUAUUAACUAUAAAAUCCGACUCACAAUGGUGGAAAAAUAAUGAAAUUUUGGCAUUUCUUGUGACAGCCUCAAAAUGCAGCCUUUCUCAUCAAAAUCCCAGAAUCGCAUGCAAAGUGAAUGGGUGCGCAGACAUGGGGCACCAUUUUUUUUUUCAAUCUGAAGAGCACAAAUCCCGAUUGGAAAUAGUGUCAAGUAAAUAAUUGUAAGACGAUUGCGCACAUUCCAAUCUGACUGCCCGAGGUUUUUUCCAAGAAAAUCAUAUAUUUCUUUAAAAUUUUUAUGAGAUAUUUGGCACACUAACUCAUAAUGAUGUAAGGAACAUUAUCGACUGAAAGAUUUCGUGAAAUAAAAAGAAAUUCAUAUCAAAUCUUAACUCAAAUUAUUAGGUGCGCAGACUUGGGGACCACCAUCAUACAAUCUCAAUUUUAAAGAGUUACCAAUUAUACUGAAUUAGAAAUGAUGCAAUUUUUUUUUCAAUUCUGGUUCCAAAUAACCUGUUGGACCUUUUUUUUAAUUUCUUGAAAAACUAUCACAAGGAGCUGGUUCACCCCACCCCCAUCACUUGUGGUACUCCGCACUGCCAUUGGUCAUAAGACUGGAGUAUUCACCUUUACUUCUGGAAGUAAUAUGUUUCAUGGAUAUGAAUACAAGUCAUAAUCAUGAGAUUAUUAGACCAAUGCAGUUCAAUGUUCUGUUGAAUUGAUAUAAAUCAUGCAUUUCAGUAAUCAGUUGAAAUUUCAAAGGGAAGUAUUACACUACAUUAUAAAGUGCUGUACGAUUUUACAUUCAAUGCCUUUCCAUGAGUGAACCCACAUGCCGUUUGUUUUUAUUUGAAAUACUCAAAUUCAAUAUACUUGAAAAUUGUCUUCCACCCACCCACCCCCCCCCCCACACACACACACACACAAACAAAAUGCCCCUUUGCAUGUUCUAGCUCACAGUGAUAACACUAGAUUGUUUUCUACCUGUAUACAUGUAUGUGCCUUUCUAUUGUAAUGUAGUGUAAAUUUCAAACUUGUCUGGUGCUUGACUAGAUGGUGUAUAUUUAUUAUCAGAUUACUGAAUAAUUCUUUGUAUUAUCAGAGAAAUUUAUUUCCAUUGCUUGUUCUAAAGCUUUUAUCGCCGCUGUUAAUUUGCCUCGAGCAUUUCACUCUGUAGUAGAAGCUAUAAAGGAAGAUGUGUGUACGAGCAAUGAGUCUCCCUUCCUCGUGAUAUGUGCCAUGCCUACUAUGCAUGAAACCAUCUUUUUGUACUACAAAAUGUAAAUAAAAAUGCUUUUACAUGUA